AUGCUUAAGUGUCUGUGUCGCGUGUCGAGAGACAGGCGUGCGACGUGGACCAACCUCGCGCUUGUUCUAGGAACGGGAGACCUGGUGUCCUCUCUGACGAGCACCUUCGACCAGAAGCUGCGCACGCUGAACAACUCGUCGCCGCUGGACGACGGCAGCAUCCCGUACGCGGACGAGUGCCAGGACGAGGCGGAGGACAAAUCGAGCGGCAGCUCGCCCUCGCUGGGGCAGGAGGGCGAGCGGCGGGACGAGCGCGCCUCGCCCGCCCUGCGCGCGCACGAGCUCAAGGCCGCCUGGCUGGCGCGCGACACGCGCCACUCCUCCUCCUCCAGCAACGAGGAGUGGCCGCGCCGCUCGCCGCCCGAGAAGCCCCUCGACAACGACGACUCCGAGAAGGAGAACUGCCUCGGGCCCCGGCGGCCCGGCCACGACGACGACAAGGACGUGGAUACGCGCUCGCAGGCCUCCAGCGGCGACGCCGCGCCCGACAACGACAAGCGGCUGCCCUACUACAACGGCCUGCGGCUCGCCAACCCCGAGACGCGCUCCGAGUCGCUGAACCGGGAGCAGGAGCGCAGCGAGGCGCGGGUGCUGCGCUCGGAGAGCCUCAACUGCCGCGCGGAGCGGCUGCAGCGCUCCGAGUCGCUGAACAAGGGCGAGGGCGGGCGGCCGAGCAAGCUGGAGAAGGGCGAGUGGAACGUGGCGCGGCGGCGCGAGGCGGGCGCCUGGCGCUCCACCAAGCUGAAGCGCAAGAACGGCAUGCCGGAGCGCGGCAUCAAGCGGCGCCACACCGUGGGCGGCACCAAGGACUUCGACAAGGACGGCUGGGGCGCGCGCCACACGCGCACCUCCUCGCCCGACCUGAGCGCGCCCGCGCCCUGGCCCGCGCCCGCCGUGCCGCCGCCGCGCCCGCCGCUCGAGUCGCACGUC